AUGAAGUGGCUUUUUCUCACUCUCGCCCUUGCGGCACCGUCUUGGGCCUACAUACGGUUCGGAUGUGCGACGCUCUCAGUACAACGCCUAGAUCCAGUUGUUGAGCCAGGAAGCAUUCCGUCAGCUCAUCUACACCAGGCAAGGAAUGCUUUCAAUGCUACUAUGAGUGGUGACAUCGGCGCAAAGGCCACUUGUACCACUUGCUCUUUCUCCGAAGACUUUAGCAACUAUUGGACUGCUGUGAUGUACUUCAAAGCCAGGAACGGCACUUACAAGCGUGUGCCACAGUACCCCAAUGCCCUGUUGGGUUCGUUGACUGGAGGCAUGACAAUCUACUACCUACAGCAAGACUUCAACUCUAAUGGCAAGACGAAAAUUACAUCCUUCAAACCUGGCUUCCGUAUGACCGUCGGUAGCCCCACUACUACUUCUGGAAGCAAUCCAGGCCUACGAUAUACUUGUUUGAAGGACAUUAUGACACGAGGCAGCGAAACAAACGACUUUCCUAAGCAGCCAUGCCCUGCAGGUAUUAUGGCUAUCCACCACUUUCCAGCCUGCUGGGAUGGUAAAAACCUCGAUAGCCCGAACCACCAAGACCAUAUGUACAACACAGUCAAAGGCGCAUUUCAGAACGCAGGGCCCUGCCCAUCUUCCCAUCCUGUGCGAAUGCCCCAGCUUGCCUUUGAAACCAUGUGGAAUACGACGGCUUUCAAUGACAAGUCCAUAUGGCCCGCCGAUGGCUCUCAGCCUUUUGUAUGGAGCUUCGACGAUCGUCGCGGCUAUGGAACGCACGGUGACUAUAUGUUCGGCUGGAAAGGAGACGCGUUGCAGAAAGCGAUGGACUCUACAAGUUUGGUUAGCAACAAUCUAAAGACACAGAGCGUUGCAGAAGCCAACAAGUGCACAAUAAAAAAUACGGUGAACGAUGACCUGGACGGAUGGCUUGACCACCUUCCAGGCGCUAUGCCGAUGUGA